AUGCUGUUGCCGUCGGACAUGUUGGCCACGCAAUCUAAGAUGCUGUACCAGCUGAACAAAUACUGCGUGGAACGGGUGGAGACUAGGAAGACGGCCACGGCCAAGGCGGUGCGGGAGGUGUGCAAGGUGGUGCAGACGGUGCUGCACGAGGUGGAAGCCCAGGAGCCGCGGUUCAUAUCUUCGCUGGCCGAAUGCAACGGCCGGUACGAGGGCCUGGAAGUGGUGUCGGCCACCGAGUUCGAGAUCGUGCUCUACCUGAACCAGAUGGGAGUGUUCAACUUCGUCGACGACGGGUCGCUGCCCGGGUGCGCGGUGCUCAAGCUGAGCGACGGACGCAAGCGGAGCAUGAGCCUGUGGGUCGAGUUCAUCACGGCUUCCGGGUACCUGUCGGCCCGCAAGAUCCGGUCCCGGUUUCAGACGCUGGUGGCGCAAGCGUGUGAUAAGUGCGCGUACCGGGACUCGGUCAAGAUGAUGUCGGACACAGGAGAGGUGAAGCUCCGGAUCCGGGACCGGUACGUGGUGCAGAUCACUCCGUCGUUCAAGUGCGCGGGCGUGUGGCCGCGGUCGGCUGCCCACUGGCCGGUGCCACAGCUCACAUGGCCGCACCCCAACCUCAUCGUGCAGGUAAAGACCGAGGGGUUCGACCUGCUGUCCAAGGACAGCGUCAUCAUGCACGGCAAGCAGAACUCGAUGGAGGGCGACGCGUGGGUGAUGUCGUUCACGGACGUCGAGAACCAGCUGCUUUAUGGUGGCUGCCGGAAGCGUUGCCUGAGCAUACUCAAGACUCUCAGGGACAGGCACCUGGACCUUCCCGGCAACCCGAUCACCAACUAUCACAUCAAGACGCUGCUGCUGUACGAGUGCGAGAAACACCCGCGGGACGCCGAGUGGGAGGAGACGGGCAUCGCGGACCGCAUCAACGGUAUACUGCUGCAGCUCAUUUCGUGCCUGCAGUGUCGCCGGUGUCCUCACUACUUCAUCCCGCACCUAGACCUGUUCAAGGGUAAGACCCCAGCGUCCCUGGAGAGCGCGUCCAAACACGUGUGGCGUCUCAGCCGAGAGAUACUCACCAACUCUAGGGCCUUCGACAAGCUCUGA